UACUCGAAGAAACUUCAGACCGGACGUGUUUAGUCAGAACUGAAAUACAUCUCCGGGCCAAACCGAUAGGAAACGAGGCUGCCUGGCGCUGGCAGCCGCGCGGAUCGCACCGCCACCCCCCAGCCUGGGUCCGAGCGCCGGAGCUGCUGUUGCUCCCUCCUCCCGGCAAACUUUUAUGCCGAGAGAAUAUUUUAAAGUAAUCAUUGGGAAAACUUUAGAUGAGCGGUGGAUUUGGCCCGUCAUCUGGAAAGGUCUACUCACUUUGGCUCUCACCUAUUUUAUUCCUUACGUACUGCAGAGCCAUGAAUCCGCAGCGUUACUUUUCUGACCUUUGGUUUUGCUGAUUAAAAAUGAUUUUUCACAUUGAAUUUUUUUUUUAAUGACCGGUUGGGUAUUCAUCCGGAACAGAUACAGGCGCAUAAGUGACAAAUACUGUAAAAAUAAACAUGGGCAAAGGAGAUCCUAAGAAGCCGAGAGGCAAAAUGUCAUCGUAUGCAUUCUUUGUGCAAACUUGCCGGGAGGAGCACAAGAAGAAGCACCCAGAUGCUUCAGUCAACUUCUCAGAGUUUUCUAAGAAGUGCUCAGAGAGGUGGAAGACCAUGUCUGCUAAAGAGAAAGGAAAAUUCGAAGACAUGGCAAAGGCGGACAAGGCCCGUUAUGAAAGAGAAAUGAAAACUUAUAUCCCUCCUAAAGGGGAAACAAAAAAGAAGUUCAAGGAUCCCAAUGCACCCAAGAGGCCUCCUUCGGCCUUUUUCUUGUUUUGUUCUGAGUAUCGUCCAAAAAUCAAAGGAGAACAUCCUGGCCUAUCCAUUGGUGAUGUUGCAAAGAAACUGGGAGAGAUGUGGAAUAACACUGCUGCAGAUGACAAGCAGCCUUAUGAGAAGAAGGCUGCUAAGCUGAAGGAAAAGUAUGAAAAGGAUAUUGCUGCAUACCGAGCUAAAGGGAAGCCCGAUGCAGCGAAAAAGGGAGUCGUCAAGGCUGAAAAAAGCAAGAAAAAGAAGGAAGAGGAGGAAGAUGAGGAGGAUGAAGAGGAUGAGGAGGAGGAGGAGGAUGAAGAGGAGGAGGAGGAGGAGGAGGAGGAUGAUGAUGAAUAAGUUGGUUCUAGCGCAGUUUUGUUUUUUUUUCUUGUCUAUAAAGCAUUUAACCCCCCUGUACACAACUCACUCCUUUUAAAGAAAAAAAAUUGAAAUGUAAGGCUGUGUAAGAUUUGUUUUUAAACUGUACAGUGUCUUUUUUUGUAUAGUUAACACACUACCGAAUGUGUCUUUAGAUAGCCCUGUCUUGGUGGUAUUUUCAAUAGCCACUAACCUUGCCUGGUACAGUAUGGGGGUUGUAAAUUGGCAUGGAAAUUUAAAGCAGGUUCUUGUUGGUGCACAGCACAAAUUAGUUAUAUAUGGGGAUGGUAGUUUUUUCAUCUUCAGUUGUCUCUGAUGCAGCUUAUACGAAAUAAUUGUUGUUCUGUUAACUGAAUACCACUCUGUAAUUGCAAAAGAAAAAAGAAAAAAAGUUGCAGCUGUUUUGUUGACAUUCUGAAUGCUUCUAAGUAAAUACAAUUUUUUUUAUUAGUAUUGUUGUCCUUUUCAUAGGUCUGAAAAUUUUCUUAAGGGGAAGCUAGUCUUUUGCUUUUGCCCAUUUUGGAUCACACAAAUUAUUACAGUGUUUAUCUUUCAUAUAGUUAGCUGAUAAAAAGCUUUUGUCUAUACACCCUGCAUACUCUUGAUGAGGGUAAUAAAAGUUUAAUCGAGACAGUUUUCAUCCAUAACCGAAACUCAAAUCUUGAUCAGUUGAUACCAGAUUUCACAUAGCCCAGUUACAUUUCCAAAGUGAAGAGUAACCAGUCUACUCACAGCACGGGAUUAUUAGAAUCAAACAUUUUGAAAGUCUGUCCUUGAAGGACUGAUUAAAAAAGUAUGUUCUAAUCUUUACAUGAGGACUCUACAUUCUUUAACUCCCAUUACCAUGUAAUGGCAGUUAUAUUUGCAGUUCCCACGUUAAAGACCUGAGAAUGUAUCUCCAAAAGCGUGAGCUUAAAAUACAAGACUGCCGUGUUAAGUUUUUUUGUUGAUAUUAGUCCCAGCAAAGGCUCUGGAAAGAAAAGUGCUGGCUAUAAAUGUCUUCUCCUAUUUACUGAAAUAUGGAUUGUUUAGGAAACUUGAGACCCUCCGUUAAAGGUAUUUUUCAUUAAUUGGGCCAACUUUUCAAACUGUACACCACAUUUUAAAUCCAGGUAUAUUUUCCUAUGUUAUGGUUUGCCCCUUUAUAAAUCAAAUAGACAUGAGGGAAGAAGACACUUAAACUUUGUAUUUCAGUAUGAAUUAUUUAUUUGCAUUUGAUUUUUCUUUACAAAACUCAAGCUCAUUCAUUAGGGUCAUAUGUUUAUCUGCUUAACAGUUUAGGGAACAAUUUGGCAAUUUUGUGGUUUUUGAGAUUAUCGUUCUCUUAAAGUGCCAGUGUUUUAAAAUAGCGUUCUUGUAAUUUUACACGCUUUUGUGAUGGAGUGCUGUUUUGUUAUAUAAUUUUGACUUGGAUUCUUUCCAUUUGCAUUUGUUUAUGUAAUUUCAGGAGGAAUAAUGAACAUCUGAGUCCUGGAUGAUACUAAUAAACUAAUAAUUGCAGAGGUUUUAAA